CCUACUAUGAUAUCACUGCACACAAGUGUUCACUAUAACACCAUCGUUCCAGACAAAUUCCUCUACAUCAUACCCAAAUGAACAGACCUCUUAUUCCAGAGAAACUCCCACAGGUACAUCUGUCUCUCCCACAACAAUCUCCACAGCAGUAAGAGAGGAGCUCCAGCUGAAGGAGGGAGGAGAAGGAGCAGGAAUGGAACUUUUUCCAGCGCAGCCAGAUUUUUCUCUUCAGAUCAGCCCAUCAAACACCACACCAGCAUCAGGUUGGAGAAGUCAUGAUGAGAAUAUGGAAUUAGGGUUUUGGAGGAGGUCACUGGACUCCACCAACAACAGCAACAACAAGAGCAGCACCAUCCCUUGCACAGCGAAGGCCGACGAUAUCACUUUCGAGCUCUCCUUGGGAAGCCCGAGUGCUACAGUCUCCAGCAACACAAGGGAUAGCCUGCUCCUCCGUUCCUUAUACCCUCACCACCAUCACCACCACUUCCACUUCCACCACCACCACCCACUGCCACAGGAAGGGUACCACUCAGAACUUAGCUUGUUGAAGCCCAUAAGGGGGAUCCCAAUCUACCAAAACCCACCUUCUUCCUUUCCUUUAGUCCCCCCACAUCAACCGCAGCACAUGUAUGACUCCUCUUCCUCCUCUAGUUUCACUCCCUUUGCCACAACACCAGGCAUGUCGAGAUCGAGAUUUUCGCCCUCGAGAUUCCCAGCCAAAAGGGUCAUGAGAUCACCGAGAAUGCGCUGGACUACAACGCUUCAUGCUCGCUUUGUCCAUGCUGUGGAGUUGUUGGGAGGUCAUGAGAGAGCCACACCCAAGUCUGUUCUGGAGCUCAUGGAUGUAAAAGAUCUCACCUUAGCUCAUGUGAAAUCUCACUUGCAGAUGUUUCGGACUGUGAAGAACACAGACAGACCAACAAUUUCUUCAGGCCAAUCUGAAGGAUGUGAGAACGGGUCGAACGGAGAGAUGUAUGAUGAUAAUUUGUUAGAUAAUACAAACAUUCCACAUAGAUUGGGAUCAUCCAUGCAACAUCAGUGGCCAGCCACACAUCCUGACGCAGAUCAUAUCCGUCCAUGGAGCAAUUCUUUGAGCAAGGAAGGCUGUUCCAGUGAAUCUCCCACAGAAAGUAUGCAAUCGCUUAAGAAGGACCUGCAAACGAAAAGUUUCGAAAUGUAUUUAGAUUUGAACUCAUCAUGCCUGUCGGAGACACUGAACUCAAGCAAACCCAAUCUUGAGUUCACGUUGGGUAGGCCAUACUGACUUUGAGGACAUCAAGAAUCCAUUGCCAAAUAAAGAGUUCAAAAGAAAGGAGAAAAGAAAAAAAAAA